AUGGGUUUAUCAUCUGCUCGUCUGCCAAGGUGGUUGCGGUCGCGCCGGGCCAGAAGGAAUGCCCCCUCGUCUGAAGCACCGGAUGAUUUCUGGUGGCAGGGGGAGAUGAGCGAGGAGGACUCGGGAGUGAUUGAAGCAGCAAUGCAGGCCAUUCUCAUGGACGGACUGGCUGGCGCGCUGCAAGGCGGGGGAGGGGGGGCGCUGGGAGGGGGAGGGCUGCAUGGGGGAGCGAGAAGGCUGAUGGUGCCGCAGAUGCUGUUGUUUGAGGACGAGGAGGCGUGGACUUACGAACAGCUGCUGGAGCUCGAUAGGAAUAAUGUCAGACGUGGGUUGAAGCAGCAGGAGAUGUGGAAGCUAGAUCGGCGCAAGAUGGGCCAUGGGGACGAGAGGGUGGAUUGUCAGAUCUGCCUGUCUGAAGCCGUGGCAGGCGAGCUGCUGACGUCUCUGCCCUGCAAGCACACGUACCACGAUGCCUGCAUCUCCCCCUGGUUCAAGACCCACCGCACGUGCCCGAUCUGCCGGUUUGAGAUUGCGGACUGA